AUGGCACGAUCAAUCGCCCUCGCAGCUCUUCUCUUGGCUCUCCCUAUCGCAGCUCAGCCAGAGAUCACUUCUACCCCUGCCGCAACCGCUGCUGCCCCCGAGACCACCGAGAUUACUUCACACCCUCCCGAAACCACUGAAUACACGGUUGUGUCGACGAUUACACGCAGCAACGGCAUUGACUAUUAUGCCGUUCCGAUCAGCAAAUCUAAUGGGACUGCUACCGGAAGUGCUCCUUCGGCGACUGUCGAUGUGGGCAAUGCUGGGGCUGGAUUGAUGGUUGGGACUGCUGGCGUUGUUGCUGGAGUUGUUGGUGCGCUUGCAAUCGUGCUGUGA